AUGGCGAAGGAUUAUUACAAGGUACUCGGCCUCUGCCAAGGUGCCAGCGAGGACAGCAUCAAGAAGGCUUACAGAAAACUAGCACUCAGGUACCAUCCCGACAAGAACAAAUCGCCGGACGCCGAAGAUAAGUUCAAAGAGAUCAGGGAGGCUUACGAGGUUCUGAGCACGGUGAAACACGGUAUCAGUGAGGGGUCAGACGAGCAUUGCCGCCAGAGCGACGGCAGCAGCAGCGGACUGUUCAGGCCAGGGAAUGUGUACGCUGGCUACGGCAACGUGUAUAACAGCGGCUGUUUCAUCUGGGACUUCCGUCCUUACAACUCCAGUCAUUGGUUCUUUAACGCCAGCUACAGCUUUCAGCAGGGUUCCGGCCAGGGCAGCUCAUUUCAGCGCUUUUUCAGUUAUUUCAGCCGCACAGAGACGUACCAGAGUUUUGGAAGCGCAUACUACCCGGGCAUGGCGUAUCCUUCGCAAACGUGCGCAGGAGCACAUUAUUUUGGCCAGAAUAUCUUCGACGCAUCACUUGGUUUCAACUCGCCGCAGUCGGCGACGUACAGCAGUAGUGGCUUGUCGAGCCAGCUUCAGGAACAGCACGCGUCGCCUGUUGAGCGCGAUCUUUACGUGACUCUUGAAGAAGUCCUGCAGGGCUGCAACAAGAAGGUGAAGACGACCUGGCUGGUGCCGAGCGCGGACGGCGCGACGCCAAGAGUUGAAGAGAGGCUACUGAAGGUGAACGUAAAACCCGGCUUGCCAGAGGGAUCGAAAAUUGUGUUCAAGUUUAAAGAAGGCGAUUCGCAGCGACCUGCUCCCGGGGACGUCGUGUUUGUCAUCCGCUACAAGUCCCACCCUUUGUUCAAGACACAAGGCAACGACAUUUAUUACGUGGCCAAGGUGAAGAUCAGAAAGGCUGCCCGGGGUGGGAAAGUUGAUGUGCCGACGCUGACUGCAACCAAGAUCUCGCUUCCGCUAAAGGGAGUCAUUCGGUCCGGUGCCAUCAGGCGCAUUGAAGGCCAGGGCUUGCCCGAUCCUGUGGAUUCAGGGAAGCGCGGAGACCUCGUCGUCAUAUUCGACCUGCGCUUGCCGGUAGCCUAA